UAUCUCUAAAGAAAUGGCGACCGCAAAGAAGCUGACAGACAACCACCUGACCUGUGUCAUCUGUACAGAGGUGUUCACAGACCCUGCCACACUUCAGUGUAAUCACACAUUCUGUAAGUCCUGUCUGCUGAAAUACACCAAAACCCAGUCUGAAGCAAUACAAGCCACGUCCAUCCCAUGUCCCUCCUGUAGACAACAGACAAAGGUGGCCAACCCUGACAGUCCAGUGGAGGAGAGGGUAAGUCAGCUGAAACCAAGCCACGUCAUACAGAGUCUGAUGGACGAUUUUGGACCAGGGACAGAAGCUCCUGAGACUGGAGAAUGCAGUGGCCAUGAAGUCGUUGUUUUAUCUGAAUCCACCACCUUCCAAAUGACAACAAAGCGCCCAUUCAUAUGCAAACAUCACGCCAGCAAACAGAUCGAGCUCUUCUGCAAAGACUGCAAAAUGGCCAUAUGUACGAUAUGCUACAGUAUAAACCACAGGAAGUGCGAUGACGUUGAUACCAUUGAGAAUAUAACCCCUCAAGUCAAAGAACAGUUGACAAAGCGGAACCAGGAACUAAAUCUCAGAAUCGGAAACAUUAAACAUGGCAUUUCUCUAAAUAAGAAGCACGGUGACAACUUCAGAAACAAGAUAGAAGAAACUAAAAGUCAAAUAAGAAAUACGCGAGCGAAGGUGGUAGAAUUAAUUAUGAAAAAAGAAAAACAACUUCUACAUGAUGUUGAUCAAUCUUGUACUGAAUACUUACACCAAAUACAAACAGAUAUAGAAUCCAGUGAGAUCGAGCUUCAGAUGUACCAGCAGCAGUAUGAGUUCACUGUCAAUUCUGUGACGUCCAGCUGUGAGAUGGACAUGUAUGCCGUCUAUGAAUCUGUUUGUGAGACAUCUUUAGACAGUAGAAUCACGGACAACAGACCAGCACCAGGAAGGGUCGUAUUCACACGCAACAUUGACAAACUCAGUAAAGCAGUUGAUGAACUUAAUCUGGGCGAUGUUAAAAUCGUCCAAGAUCGUGAAUCUAUCCCAACCUUGUAUCAAACCAUUGACUGUAUGGAAGGACAUGACAUGGCAGAUCCAGCUCUUCAUGACUUGGCAGUGUUGGCUGUUGAUGGUGUAAAGGAGGUUGUUGUGGUUGUUGAUUGUAAUAGCAAGAGACUUAACAUAUAUUACACAUCUGCCAUACACUGUCCUAAAUACAUUCAGCUUUCUGAUACACCUUGCAGAUUAAUGAAGUUAACUAACUGGCAAGUAGCUGUUAGUGUUCCAGGCAGUAAUGAAAUAGUUACAGUGAAAGUUUACCCACAUCCUGUAAUACUGUCAACUAUCAAAACAAACAGACCUUACUUCGGACUAGGUUGUCUGAGUCCUUCACGGCUGGUGGCAGGGGCAACAGGCUGGACUGAUAUAUUGGACUUGGAAGGGAAUGUGCUGAAAUCUAUCAAGACGGGAAAGGUAUCCAUUCCCUCCUAUAUCCAUGUCACCGGAAAUCAGAACCUGAUACUCAGUAAUGGAGUAUUUGACUCCCUUGUGUCUGUGACCAGGGAAGGAGAAGCUGUUUUCACCUACACUCCCACAGGGGACAGAUCUCUGAAAUAUCCUCAAGGCAUCACGACAACCAGCACAGGAGACAUCCUGCUUGCAGACAAAGACUCCCACAAGGUGAUUCAGCUGACAGAGUCAGGGCAGUUUGUCAGAGACGUUCUCACAGCACAGGAUGGUAUAGGUCACCCUUGUGGAAUAUGUUUGGACACAGACGGCUUCCUGUAUGUUACCUGUGGGAACGCUGUGAAAGUAUUCAGAUUCGAUUGAAGUCAUUGGUUUUCAAGACAGAACGUGCUUGGAUCUUUCUUUGGGCGUUUUUUGGUUUUCCUCAUCACGAAUACUGUUUUAAGACUGUGGUAUGUUUUGUACGGGGAUCGGCGUAUUGUCCCACGAUGGUGAUCACAAAUAUACUGUGAUCCUAGCCGCUCCAAUCUUAAGCCAGCCUAGCUCUAUGUGUUACAAAAGCUUUGUGCUUGCGGCAACUGUAGGAGUGCAUGCGUGAGUGCGCGCGUGCGUGCGUGCGUGACAUUGUUAUACAUUUAUUACAAUUAUAUUUCAACGGUGUAAAAAUCCCGUCGUUGAAGCAGAGCAUAGCUACUAGCUAAUGACAGUUAUCAUUUACAACUAAUCUGAUAGCUUAUAAUGAGCAACACAGUAUGAAAGCGGUAAGCAAAUUUAACACACGGUACUGGGGACUGUGGUGCACGAUUCCCCAGCAGAACCGUCAGAUUCUACCUAUGCAUAAUAUAGCAUCAACAUUUAUGAAGCAGUUUAAUAACAAAGUUAGAAAUAUUUCUAUUUAAAAAUCCUUGAGAGAAGAUGAUUUUGAACUUUGUAUCCAUUGUGAUUGGAACUUCAAUACAGUCAAACAGGGCAUGCUCGACCGUGAGUCAUUGCGUCAGAAGGGAUAUAGAAUGAACGAUAUUUUUCAACAAAUAUUUAUGUGCAUGCCUUGAAGGACCAAUACGACAUCGUCCUAAUAUGACUUUAAAAUCUAAAAAUCAUAGUUAGGUUAAUUUCAUGUAUGUUCUUGAUAACUACUUGGGUGUCCCACUUCUGUUGCAUCAGUUUUAUUUUCUAAUAUCUAAUAAUCGGCUUUUAUUAAUCGGUGCAUGGUAUCAGUAGCACUGCACUGACGUAUACAUAUUAUGGCAUCGUUACGAGGCCG